AUGGCUAAAAAAGUAAGCGGGACAGAGGACGAUCUUCCAGUCUUCGGAAUGUUUUUAUCUUUAUUAGGAACUUCAGAGGCCCUAAUGAAAAAACUGCAGGACCACUCUUGCUCCACAACAAGCUUAGGAGGUUGUAUUAAGGUGUGGCUAGGUCCACUUCUCUAUUACAUGGUAACUGACGCUCGCAAAAUAGAGUUUAUACUAAAAAAUCACUUGGAGAAAGACAGGAUAGUGAGAUUCCUACGAUUCGUUCUUGGUAAUGCAUCAAUUUUUGCACCAGUGCAUAUAUGGAGACCGCGUCGCAAAAUCGUUAUGUCAGCAUUCACUCCAAAAAUAUUAUCCAGCUUCGUCGACAUUUUUUCGAUACAAAGCGAUAAAUUAGUAGGAAAAUUAAAGCCAUUUGCUGGCAAAGGCCAAUUUAAAAUUUGGUCAUACCUCAACGCAUACAGCCUGGAUGCAGUUAUGGAGACUGCAAUGGGAGUUAAAAUAAAUGCCCAAGAUAACCCCGAGGAAAGCCCAAUUUUGUCAGCAACUAAUAAUGUCUUAUAUUACAUCUGCGAAAGAAUUUUUCGAGUGUGGAAGCAUCCUGACUGGCUGUACAGGUGGUUCCCUCAACAUGCAAAAUUAGAGCAUUACACGAAGAUAUUACACAAAUUCACAGAUGAGAUCAUAGAAAAGAAAAAGGCGCUUAUCACAGAACAAAACAAACUCCGGAUGGAUGGCGAAGAUAUCAGUGAGACAACAACUUUUCUGGAUAUACUAAUUAGCCAAUCUGGAGGUGAAAGGGGUUACAGUGUCAAAGAAUUACGCGAAGAGGUUUUGACCUUCCUCGUGGCAGCAAUGGACACAUCUGCAGUUACAAUGGGAUACACUCUGAAACUGCUGGGCAAAUAUCCCGCGGUGCAACAAAAAGUCUUUGACGAGCUGGAUGUAGUAUUUGGUGAUUCAGACCGGUUGGUGACGAGAGAAGAUUUGCCUAAGCUUCAAUGUCUGGAGAGAGUUAUAAAGGAGGCGAUGAGACUAUUCCCGCCUUCUCCGUUCAUUCUUCGAGAAACCUCUGAAAAUUCGGUCAUUGAUGGCAUCACAUUUCCUAAAGGGUCAGGUCUGAUAAUAAGCGUAUAUGGUGUGCACAGAAACCCUAAAUAUUGGGGUCCAGAUCCUCACUGUUAUGAUCCAGAUAGAUUCCUUCCGGAGAGAUCCCAAGAUCGUCACCCUUGUGCAUUCAUUCCGUUUAGUCAUGGACCUCGAGGAUGUCUAGGUUAUCAAUACGCGUUAAUGUCGAUGAAGACUUUGCUGUCCUCUGUGUUACGUCGCUACCGUGUUGUUGGUGAACCCGAAAAUGGACCUAUUCCUAACAUUCGUGUGAAGUUGGAGAUCAUGAUGAAGGCUGUGGAUGGCUUUGAAGUUGCUUUAGAAGAGAGAGUAUAA